AUGUCUCUCAAAGAAUGGUUGGGCAUCGACAAGAUACAAAAGUUGUUUAGAAUUGUGAAACAAAUGGGAGGAGUUAGGGCAGCUUUGAAGAAGCGAUACUUGAUGGAUGUCACCCGUGUUGGUACUCUUAAAGGAACCGACAAAUUUGGCAACAGAUAUUAUGAAGACAAUUCCUACUUCAUGCCGCGUAAUAGAUGGGUGGAAUAUCCAGACAAGGUAUGGCUAGAUUACGAUCCAACUCAAGUCCCUCCAGAGUGGCAUCGUUGGCUACACCAUAUAACCGAUGAAACACCCGAACAAAAGCCGCUGAAAACCGAGAGAUGGGUUUUACAACACGAGGAAAACCUCUCAAUCUUUCCGGAUAAGAAGUACGUUCCCUACUCGACUACGCGCACAAAAAUACAAGGAUGGCAGCCUGGUCAAAGGAAGCAAGAAUAGCUGCAUGCUAGAUUCUGAAUACUAGAUAGUUACGAACAUUGUGCUGGACUUUAGAGCUGUGUACAAUGAUAUUUCAUGUCCAUUCAUGAACAAAAGCAAUUCUAUAGGCAGC